AUGUUAUUUUUCUUUCUUUUUUCGGACUCUUUAGAGAAAAGACGUCGAAGAGACAGACAUCAGCAUCGCGAUUAUCAAUAUUUUAGACCUGAGCAAGAAAUAUUCCCACCAGAUCAAAUUCAAGGAUCUUGUGACGGUGCGAAUACAAUUAGAAUUUUAUCAGGUGAAUGCAAAUGUGCACAAGGAUUUCCGUUUGGAGAUCCAUCAGGCAUUCAAGGAUGCUGGAAUUGUGAAGAUGAUUGCAAUGAUGACGCUAAAUGCAUUUAUCCUGGAAUUUGUCAAUGCAUUCCGGGAUUUAAAGGCGAUGGUGUCAGAGAAUGCGAGCCAAUAACUCCUAAAUUACUUUCUUUUUAUCCAAAAUCAGGAAAGGCAGGAACAAAUAUCAACAUUUCGUAUUCCAUGCUCAAUAACUCUAAUCCGUUAAAUGCUUACUGCAAAUUUGGAUCAAUACCUAUCGAUGCUAAAUUUGUAACAUCAAAUUACAUCAUUUGCGAAGUUCCAAAAAUGAAAUCCGAAGAUGCUUUACUUACCAUCUCACUAGAUGCAAUGGCAUGGAGUACUGAAGAAUUCUAUUUCAAAGUUAAAGGUGAAUCUGAUCCUAUAAGACUUUUCCCCUUCAUUUUAGGUUCAAUCGUAAUUGUCGGUACUAUUUUAUACGCAUUAAACAAGGUAGCAGGAGAUACUCGUAAAAAGAAGUAUGAUGAUCAUGUUCCUUUCCUUAAACUAGGCUCAAAGAAAAAUGAUGGAAUAUCUCCAUUUGAAUUAUUCAAGAAGAAAGGAAAAUUGCUUAUUUAA